AUGACCGAUCCAGAGAAAUUAACCGCUUUGAAGAAGGCUUACGCCGAUACAAUACUGAACACGGCCAAGGAAGCGGCGGCGCGUGUGAUUAUCUCAGAGAGAAAAACGCGUGGGUAUCAGCACGAGCUCGUGGCGGUUAGAGAUGAGGCUCUCCGUACGUGCCUUAGGCUUAAACAGAUGUAUGAUUCCAAGGUAAAGGAAGCAGAAAUGGAAUCCUUGAAGAAGCAGCAAAAGAUUGAGGAGCUUGAAGCUCAGCUUGGAGAAGCUGAAGAUAUAGUCGGAGAGCUAAGGAUGGAGCUGCGAGAGUCUCGUUAUCUCCUCGAGAAACUGGCUAAUGGUCAUCAAAUGAAUCUUAUCAACGAGGAGCAAAACAAGCCAGAUGAAGCAGUUUCUUUAGUGCGUGAGGACUUUAGUAACCACGGAAGAUCAGUUGUAGUGGCUAAUGGGAUCAAACCGCAUCUGAGUGUCAGAGAUGUCAGUAUCAGCCGGUGUUCUUAUAAAGAGAAUAAAGAUCCUUGUCAACAUACUCUUCCUUCCAUACUAAGUAGACGCAGAGAAGCUGAGGCGUUUGAAAGGAACAUCGCCAAUGAAGAUUGUCCUGAAGUGGAAUCGUUGACAUCAUCCAAAACAGAAGCAAGGAAGGAGGAAGAGAAAGUGAAUGAUAUGGAGCUUUCUACUGCAUCUGUGUCGCUUUCUGAGGAACAGUUUAUCAAGUUCACAGUGAAGAGGAAGCGUGAGAAUGAUGCAAGCGGCGAGAGGAGUCCUGAAGGAGGAAGUUUCUCUUCGCAAGAUGAUGAGAGCAGGAACAGGAGACAAAAGACUGGAGAGAAAGACAACGCUUACUUGGAUUCCUUCAACAAUGAAUCAGCUCGUGAUAGUCGACGUGUAGCACAGGUCGCUCGUCAGCUUUUACCAUUCUCAGAGAAGAACUUGUUGCAGCAGAGCCAGUGUGAUGAUGUGCCUUGA